CAUAUUUUGUUGAACUCUAGUGCGAUCAGAAGUAAGGUGUCUAUUGCACCGAUCGCUGUUGUGAACAAGUAGUACUAGGUACUCUGUUUUUAUUGUGCAUACAAAAAUGGUAGAUUCUGCAGUUUGUUUAAGAUGGAUAAUUUUUUCGAUGCUUAUCACGCUCCUGGGUGCAGGUGAUGCCCCGAUUGUCUUCCCUCAGGACGAUCACGAGACACUGGCCAGCCGUUUCGAGCUGGACAUGGACGAUCUGGAGUACGAGCGAGACAACGAGGGCGACUCGCUGGUGCCGCAGUUGGCGAUACCGCGUGACCGUCAUGACGAUUACGUGCGUCUCCCGGACAAGACCGGACAGUUCGAAGUAGUCUCACGCAUGAGCGUUCUGGACAGUCGCAAAAACAGCAGCAACUACGACGCCGCAUCGUACGUCAAAUUUCGCUUCUACGCCCGGUCGAACAACUAUCAGCCGGUGGAGCUGAAAUUCAAUGAAAUUCAGUUCUUGCCCGAUCACCACGGUUUCAAAAUGGCUCUGCCGACGAAAAUUCUCAUUCACGGUUGGUUGGGUAACCCUGAGUCAGAGGUCAUAGAACCAUUAGCGCUUGAAUUUCUAGAGUUGGGGGACGUUAAUGUGUUGGCAGUAGAUUGGGAAGAAGGCGCACGUACCCUACUCUAUCCGGUCGCCAGAUAUCGAGUUCCGAAGGUGGCUGAGGUAGUAGCAGCUGUCGUUGAGAGUCUGUUUGAAUUUGGACAAACCCCAGACCAAAUUGGAAUGGUAGGACAUAGCUUGGGGGCCCACAUAGCCGGUAUGGCAGGAAAGCAGUUAAAACGGAAAGUUGCCUUCAUAAUCGGUUUGGAUCCGGCUUCACCCUUGUUUCGCUUCAAGAAGCACAUGGAAAGAUUAUCUGCUAAUGAUGCCCAGUACGUGGAGGUUAUUCACACAAACGGAAAGGCGCUAGGAUUUUUCAAAAACAUUGGCAUCGCCGACUUUUAUCCGAACGGAGGAACUUCACAGCCGGGAUGCGGUUGGAGUUUAACUUGCAGCCACGAACGUGCGGUUCACUACUUCAAAGAGUCGCUGCGGACCAGAAAUUAUUUUGCAAACCGAUGCGCUGAUGUCGAAAACUUGAGUGCCGAGUGCUCACUGGGGCGGGCGGCACUCGGGGGUUCUGAUGAAAUCAGACGUGCGAGUAAAAAACCAAGCGGAGUUUACUAUGUGUUGACGGCAGCGACUAAACCUUUCUUAAGAAGUAACACUAUAGAAUGAGGAAUACGAAAUUACGAAGGGAGAAAUGUCAUCACUUUUCUGAAGAGUUAAUUUUCAAAAUUUAGGAAAAAAGGUGAAUAUAAUAAUUCGUACUGAGAUAACAUCAAACUUAGACACAAAACACAA